UCUUAAGGAGAUAGUCAAUGCCAUUUUGCCCAAAUCACCCCUCUCCUCUCUCCAUCUCUCUCUCUCUCUUCCACUGUUUCGCCAACCUCCAUAACGGGAGAAGAACACAGCAUAGCAAGAUCUGUUCCUAAACUUCAGCUCUCAACGCGCUCAACAGCACAACAGACAGCAAAGCUAGCCUGCAAGGACUGAGAACGCAAGGCAAAGCAGCGCACAAGAAGAGGAAAGAGCAGGGGGAGAUGGGGCUGACGAGCCCAUUCAAGGAGCAGCCACCACAGUCCUUAACCAGGAAGCUCCUGCCAUGGACCAUCUAUGCUCUGGCUUCCAUUAUCCUGUUCUGGCUCUACUUCUACUCCCUCCCUUUUACCAAUUCUCCGGUUCACGAGCUCUCCCGCCCUGCCCCGGCCCUCGUCUCCUCUUCCUUCUCCUCGUCCUCCCCUGCUCCUCCUCUUCCAGAAGGUCAAGAAGAUGAAGAGGAAAGGAAAAGUGAGCCACAGCCCGGCUGUGACUACACCAAUGGCAAGUGGGUCCAGGACAUAACCGUGGGGCCCCUAUACAAUGGCUCGAGCUGCGGUACGAUCAAGGACGGCCAGAACUGCAUGGCACAUGGGAGGCCCGACCUGGAGUUCCUCCAAUGGAGGUGGAGCCCCAACCAGUGUCCCCUCCCAAGGUUUGACCCCAACACGUUUCUUGACAUCCUCAGCAACAGACACAUUGCUUUCGUUGGGGAUUCCUUGGCCAGGAAUCAGCUAGAGUCGCUGCUCUGCAUGCUGUCCUCUGUGUCUGCCCCUAACCUUGUCUACACGAACGGGGAGGACAACAAGUUUAGGAAAUGGCACUUCCCCAGGGAGAAUGUCUCUGUGUCUGUUUACUGGUCUCCUUUUCUUGUCAAGGGGCUGGAGAAAUCUAGCACGGGGCCUGAUUAUAAUAGGCUCUUCUUGGAUUCGGUUGAUGAGAGGUGGGCUUCGGAUUUGGGGAGCUUAGAUAUGCUGGUUCUGUCGUUCGGGCACUGGUACCUCCUCCCGGCUGUGUACUUCAAAAGGGAUUCCAUUUUGGGCUGCCACUAUUGCCCGGGUGCGAACUACACCGAGAUUGGGUUCUAUGACGUGCUGAGGAAGGCCCUGAGGACGACCCUCAAGGCCGUGUCGGAGAGGAGCAGGGCUAAUGGCGGGAAGGGAAAACACGUGUUUGUUACGACAUUCGUGCCAUCGCAUUUCGAGGGUGACUGGGACAAGUUCGGGGCAUGUCCCAAGACCCGGCCCUUCGAGGAAGGCGAGAAGCCACUCGAGGGCAUGGAUGCAGAGAUGAGGAAAAUUGAGCUGGAAGAGGUUCAAUCUGCCAAGGAGGAUGCGCGGGAUAUAGACGGGUUCAGGCUCGAGGCCCUGGACGUGACCAGACUGUCGCUGCUGAGACCUGACGGGCACCCAGGCCCGUACAUGUACCCUUUCCCAUUCGCAAAUGGGAUCAAGGAUCGUGUCCACAACGACUGCGUCCACUGGUGCCUGCCUGGGCCGAUCGAUACUUGGAACGAGAUCUUGCUGGAGGUGAUCAAGGGGUGGACACAUCAAUCACGCCGAAGAUGAACUAGGAUAACGGGGGAAUGAGAUUUUGUGUUAUUUGACGUCAUUCUUCCCUAGCAAAGAGCCAUGCCCUUGGUUCGGUAUUUCGGGUUCUAAUGGAAGAAAUGACAAUAGAUCCAAACCUAAUGGCAGAAGGCUCUCUUAUGGGGGUGCCGUACAUGGUGAUGUCCUUGGAAGAUUGUGGCUGUUCUGUUUGUGCAUAGAAGGCUCAGUCAUAUAUUUAGAUAGCCUUCAUUUUUGUUUGUACUAAACCCUUUGUUGUUUGUUACACAAACAUUAACAGAAUUCCUCCUUCUUCUUC